CGGCACUCAACUUGCGUAGAACUAUGUACGCCACCCGCGUGCGGCGAAAGAUUGUUCUGCCUAACAAAGCUUACCCAUCCGCUGACGAAUUCCGUCCGGGGAUGACGCUAUCAUCUCAAGCGAGUCCUGAGCCUUAUAAGAAAGGACAGAGGAUUACGAUACGAGUACAUCCUCUUCAUCUUUCAAUCACACAGAACGAUCUCACAUGGCCGCCCCAGUCGUCCCCAAUUUCGCCGACACUCGGCUAACAUUCGUGACCGAUCCAAUUGAUGGCAAGCGGGCAUACCAGAGCAUCAACGCAUCCUCGGAGACGGGCCAGCCAAUUACCAAUGUUGCCUUCAAGGAGCAUGCGGUGAAGAUCGAGAACAUCCGAGGCAGAGAAGCGGACGUGUCCCUGGAUCGUACCGGUUUCCAAUUCUUUCGCGAGCCCACCAAAUUUCAAGAUUACUCGGAUGAUACUGCAAUCGAGCGGGAGUACUAUCCAGAGAGCAUUGAGCUCAUGAAGCGCCUCACUGGAGCCAGCAGAGUGGUACUAUUCGAUCACACUAUCCGUCGCCGCCGGCCGACCGAAUUCGACGACGCACCGAACAAGCGCCAGCCCGUGUCCCAGGCGCAUGUGGAUCAAACCAACUCAUCCGCCGUCUCUCGUGUCCACCGCCAUCUGCCGCCUGAAGACGCUCCUGCCCUCCUGAAAGGCCGCUUCCAGGUAGUCAAUAUGUGGCGCCCGAUAAACCAUAUCGCCCUCGACUGGCCUCUAGCUCUGUGCGACUUUCGGACGGUAGAUGUGGAGAAGGACCUGCUCGCAAUCGCUUUGGUCUAUCCCGAUCGCGAAGGCGAGACGUACGGCGUGAAGUACAACGAGAAUCAGAGAUGGGUAUAUCUGCGUGGGAUGGAUCCAGACGAGGUUGCCCUUAUCAAAUGCUUUGAUUCUCAACAAGACGGGUCCGUCGCGUUGCUCACGCCUCACACAGCUUUCAGCGAUCCAACAACACCUGCUGAUGCUCCACUGAGAGAAUCCAUCGAACUCCGUUUCCUUGUAUUCUAUGAUUAGUUCCAUGUAGUUUGCUCAAAACAACAUGCUCUGCUUCCGUCCCCGAAUGGUCCGAUCAUAGCCAUACUAUCCCAAUUUGGAGUUGGAUCAUCCAUGUAUAUGAACCCUGCUCGGUUCCAUUGUGUCUCCCUUUCCCACUGCCCACUACCAUGUCAAGGUGCUUCCCAUUGAGAUUUUUACUCGAUCAGCGACAACCGCAUAGCUCAUGGAGCGCUGGCGUUCAAUUACAAUAGAAUCCUCGUACUCGUACAGCUGAUGAAGGGACCAGUGGCAAGCAUACAUAGUGAGUGUGUGUGUGUGUGAGUAGUGAGUAUGUAAAUCCCGUUGAUGAUAGUUCUCUAGUCGUACAUGAUGCGGUGAGUCGUACAUGAUGUGAUGAAAACGAGCGGAGGAGUGGUACAUGGUUUGGAGCGUGACUCACAUUAGCCAAAGAGCAUCGACAGGGCCUCCUUCGCAUUGGUUCUCUCGAGCAAAGCGUUCAAGUUCCUUGUGACGGUGCCUGCGCCUGUUCUCACUUCCUCGCGGUCUUUCUCACCAACCUUGGACAAGACCUUCUGGUUGAAGUGAUCUUCGUGCCACUUGCGCAACUGCUGCCGAAUCCUAUCCUUAGUGCUCUUCUCGGGGUCCGGGUAAUGCGGCGACAGGAUAUAUGCGUCGACUGCGGAGCCCGUGAUAUCGUCCGGCUCGUUCGGUCUCCUGAACAUAGGCCACGGAAGCAUCUCCCAACCAACUUCGCUGCUAGAAUUGAUUCGGGCCCACUGCUGCUCGUGCAUCUGGUAUACCCGAGCUGCCUCCUCCUUGCUCAGCUUCCCAGCCUUCUGUUCCUUGGCGAGUCGCUCUCGUUCGAGCUGCUCUUGAAGUUUACGGAACUGGGCAUCGGCUUGCUCGCGCUGUCGACGUGCCCAUUCUUCCGCGUUCGGUUGAGGUGUGCUCGUCUUGGGGGCCGAGGUUGGGGCAGGAGCCGGCUUGGUCUUGCUGGGCGUCGGCGUCGAAUUAGAACUGGCAUUGGUCCAGGAUGAGCCGGACCACGUGCUGCUGCGAGUUGAGGAAGAAGCAUUCGACGAGGAAGGACUGGUUGGACUCGCACUGGCACCGGCUCGGGCCCAGCUGUGAUAGCUCCAGUCCGAGUUGGGAUCGAUCCCAGUGCUGUUGGUGCGUUUGCGUUCCUCUGCCCUGCGCCUGAUCUCAGCCUCGCGCUGUCUAAAUGCCUGCUGUUCCUCAGCCUUCUGUCUCUCUUUCUCUCGCUCCUUCUCCCUCAGCUUGCGCUCCUGCUCUUCGCGCUGCCGAGCGAUUUCUUCCCGUUCGAAGCGUUUGUAUUCCUCUCUCUGCAGUCGCUGCUGUUCAGCUCGAUCGCGUCGUUCGGCUUCAUCCCGGGCACGUUUCUCCUCUUCAUCUCUCUGUCGUUGCUCGGAUUCUUCACGUCUCUGCUUUUCUUCUUGUUCCCAGCGAGAUUGCUCUUCAAGCCGACGACGGUCCUCCUCUUCAUGCUUCUUCCUACGUGCUUCGCGAGCAGCUUCUUCUUUGGCAUCUUCCUCCUUCUUACGUUGUUGGGCCUCAGCCUCAGCCUUGGCUCGCUGCUCAGCCUCUUCUUUGGCCUUGCGCUCGGUUUCUUGUUUGUCAAGGAGCAGGGCCUGCUCUCUGGCUCGCAGCUCAGCCUCCGCUUUGGAACGCUGCUCAGCCGCCUUCUUCUCAGCCGCCUUCCUUUCUGCUUCUUCUUUUCUUCUCUGAGCAUCCUCUUUCUUUCUCUGAGCCUCCUCUUUCUUUCUCCUCUCAGCCUCUUUCUUCACCCUCACUUCCUCCUCUUUCCUCCUCUUCUCCAACUCUUUCUUCACUCUUUCUGCCUCUCUCUUCGUUUCUUCUUCUCUCCUUCUAACCUCCUCCUCACGCUUUCUCAACUCGUCCUCCUUAGCUCUGACCCCUCGUAGGAUCUCCUCCGUUUCCUCGGUCUUUCGCGCAAGUUCUGCCUCCUUCUCUUUCGUUGCUUUCUCUAUCUCAGCCAACUCGUCGGCUUUCCGCUGGGCCUCGUCGGCUUUCCGUUGGGCCUCGGCCUCGAGCUGUUUCGCUGCCUGUUCCGCUUCGAAAAUUCGCUGCUUUUCCUUCUCGACCUCUUCAUCGGCACGAGAUGAGCCGAAAGAGCCGAAAGAACUGGGGCCCGCAGGAGAUGUCCCCGGAGCGACAUGUGGCUCGCGUGAUACGACGAGAUAACGGGACAGAUCUCCAGCACUGUAGGCGAGUUCCUCGGGGGAGGCCGAACGAGCUCGACCGGGAAUGGGCAUCGCAGGCGAGUUUGAGCUGAAGGAGGGCGCAG